AUGUAUUCAAAAUCAGUUGUUGUUUUAGGUUUAUCAGCUUUAUCAUUAGCUCAAAGUGCUGCUGUUAUCUCACAAAUUGGUGAUGGUCAAAUCCAAGCUACAAACACUGCUCCAGCUGCUGAUGCUUCAUCAGCUCCAGCCGGUGGUGAUUCUCCAGCAUCAAGUGCUCCAGCUAACCCAGCUGCUCCAGCUUCAUCUGCUCCAGCUGAAGCUGCUUCAAGUGCUCCAACUGCUCCAGAAUCUGGUGCUUCAUCAGCUCCAGCUGCUCCAGCUCCAGGUGUUUCAUCAGCUGCUCCAGAAGCCGGUGCUUCAAGUGCUCCAGCUGCUCCAGCUCCAGGUGCUUCAAGUGCUCCAGCAAACCCAGAAGCUGGUGCUUCAUCUGCCCCAGCUGCCGGUGCUUCAUCUGCUCCAGCUGCUCCAGCUAAUCCAGAAGCUGGUGCUUCAAGUGCUCCAGGUGGUGGUGCUCCAGGUGUUUCAAGUGCUGCUCCAGAAGCUGGUGCUUCAUCUGCUCCAACUGCUCCAGAAGCUGGUGCUUCAAGUGCUCCAGCCGUUGGUGCUUCAUCUGCCCCAGCUGAAGGUGAACAAACUACAACAGCUGCUCCAGCUUCAGGUGUUUCAUCUGCUCCAGGUGUCGAAGCUUCAUCAGCUCCAGCUGCUCAACAAUCUUCAGCUGCUGGUUCAUCAAAUGGUACUACUCCAAGUGUACCAGAACAACAAGCUGAAAAUGCUGCAGGUUCAUUAAAAUCUACAGGUGUUUUAGGUGCUGCUGUUUUAGUUGGUGCUUUAUUAAUCUAA